AUGAAAUAUUACAAGCUGUGGUUGCAGCGCAAAAGAGACAAGAUACUCACAACCAAUGCUGUUCACGAGACUACACAAGAUCCCAAUCUGAUGAUCCGGGAUUCCAGGCUGGCUGUCGUACCCCAAUUCCCUUCAUCCUUUACACCACAAAGGCGGUCGCAACAGCAUCCAUCGACAUUUCUAUACCCUCCACUUGACAGUUUUGUCUAUCAAAAUUCAAUGACGACAGCACCGGCCGUUUUCCGGUGUCAAGCCGAUUCCCCAACUAUCCCCUACAUUGGUACCAAUGUCGCCGUUUCAGCAUCCGCUCCCCCAGAACCAACACUACAAGGCGACCUGUCGGGAGCGGGACUGUUUCAGCGGUUGUUUCGUCCAAAACCCCAAGGUGGAAAUGGUCACUCACCCCAUUCCUCUUUCGAUUCCGCCAUCCGGUUGUCACUCACUCCGUCUGAUUUGUCUCGAACCAGUCGGAUUUCCGUUGCUUUUCGUGAUGCAAUACGGAAUCUGAGGUCUAAUAUACCGUUUGGCACGGGUUCUCGCAAUUCAGACGACACCGUCGUCCUGGAAGAGGGUACUGCAGCACCUUUACCUUCACGAGAUAGUGCUUCAGGCAGUCAGACUCACAUGUUCAAACAGAGAAGGACGAAGAAGAUAUCUGGAAUUAGCUCAGGAAGUUCACGGAUUGGCUGGCGAGGCAAGGUCUCGGCUGCUGAAGACUUGGGGCAGUACAACAUCGAGCAGAACUUAGGCGAAACCGAAUCAACAGCGGACAACGAUCGCUUUCUGUACUCCCUCGAGUCUGCCGUUUUUACCACCGCAACAGAAGAAGUGCCCACACUCUAUGCUAGACCACCGAAUAGUUCCUUUGAUGGCACCUCUUCUGCUGUGUCCAGAUCGCAGGAGGGGGAUGCAAGUGAAGCCCGGCAACCUUCACCACUUGUUCCUUAUCUUCCACCUGGGCUGCCAGUAAUCGGAUUUGCCUUUCGUGGAUUCGAAGACGAAGAUGAGGACAACGGAGGGACUAGCCAGGAAAUUUCAGUCCCAGAGAAAUCUCAGCGUCUGCAGAACUCAGCUUCAGAACAUGGGACAGUUCUGGCCCGUGGCACAACCCUGGCUCCGGCUGAUGAUCCAUUAACCUUCGACCGUCCGGAAGCAACCCAGCCUGAUGGGGCAACUCCUGCGCAGCAAUGUGAUGAAAUUCGUGCGAGCAACCGAUUGGUCCACGCUCACCAACAGCUGGCACAACACCAUAGCUCAGCUGGUUCAGCAAACGGUCUCUUCAAUUCGGCUAAUUCAGCCAGCGCGAUGUUCGCGUCUUCACGAAGCAGGAGUCACGAAGAUCUGCCUCGCCGACAGUCUGCCUCGAGUAACGGAGUUGAGAUUCACCCGCCCAGCGAUCAUCGAGGGUCCGCCGGUAUCGUCGAGCACUGGAUGAUCGCCAGCGACGAGUAUCUGCUGAUCUCCCCUGGGGAUGAGUCCCACCCGGAGUCACAAGGCGGACAUCCACCCUUGCGAUCGCGAUCCUCCUUAGAAAUAGUGCUAACCACUCCCUACGUCGAGUUAGCUGCUGCUGCUGCUACAGGAAAUCAUUAUGUGAAGAUUGUAAGCUUUCUUUUACACUCACACAAUUCAGAUUUGAUGGUGCUGAAUUCAUCAAGUUACUGUAGCCGAGUCGCAAGUAGUGGAUUUAUCAAAACCUCUAAUUCGGAUGAUCUAUUACUUCACAAUCAGAUCGUAUUGUAUUGGAACGUCUCGGCCAUGCGCAGUUUUGCAGUAGCUUCAAAGAGUCACCGCGUUGUUUGUCCUGGAGUCUCGGUCAGACCAGCUGGACGUUAUGUUAGACGCUUUUUAACAGAUGGAGCGGUGUACUUUUGGCUGCUGCACGUUCGGGCUUCCAUCGAGUGCCCCAGGGGACGGUCGCCCAGUGAGGACGAAUUUCACUUGCGCCUGGUCCAGUGGAACGACCACUCGGAGACUGGCACCGCGCGACCCGAAGCCGACGACAUCUACGACCGCGGUGACUCCUUCCACCUACCUGGACACAAGGCAAGUCGAGAUUUCUUUUUUCACAUUCCGAGGUUCCAUCCAGAAGAACACGCAACGCACGAGGCCUACUUCGAAAACAUGAUCAUCGUCCUUGUUUUUUACACAUUUUUUGAGUACUGUGAAGAUGAGAUCGAGAAAGAUGAGCCCGAGAACCUGACCCUGUCGUGUUCCUCGCCUCAACGCAGCAUUACGCUGCGUGGGCGGCUUCGUCUGCUCGUUGUGAGCUGGGCCAUCUACCCGAGUCGCUUCCCUGAGGUGGCCGUGAGCAACGCCACAUCGUCUGCACGCCUCCUCGCCGGUCUGAAGACCCUGGCGCCGGAGCUGAAACUGCGCGUUCAAAUCACCUCGCGUCUCCACUUUGAUGGCGACUUUUCUCGAACACGAAGACGCGAAUUGUGCGAGUUCUAUGGGUUCUGGUGCAACGGCACGUCGAGUGACGGCUUGCGCCUGCAUCGGCGUCGUCGUCGACGGAGCGACAGCGGUGACGAGGCCACGGGGACGUGCAUCUUGGCGUCGAUGCGCUGCGACGGCCUGCCGGACUGCUGGCUCGACGACCCCGCCAACUCGCCCGACGAGGUGGGCUGCAGCGCGCCCCCCCACCCCCUCCACCCGGCCGACCCCGUCUCCUCGCUCGCGCACCCCAACGAGUCCUUCCCCUCCGCCUCGUCCUCCCCUUCGGGUCGUGGACAAUCCUGGACGGCGAAACUCCCCUGGAUGGUGGUGGCCUUUGUUCCCGCGGUCCUGCUGUGCGCCCUCGUCCGAAUUUGCUCUCAGCGACGUCAGCUCGACUUCUCUACCGACGAGGAGCUCAACGGCACGGGCCUCUCCGAGGCUGGACGGGUCGGUCUCCGACGUCCACGCAGCCUGCCCGCUUUCGAAAGUGUCGAUUGCAAGAAGGCCGUGCCACGGAGCCGCAACUUCCUUGCCACCGCCCUCCGCCGAUCGCGCUCUUCGGAGGAUGUCUUGAACACUGGCGACGCCUUCGCGAUGAAACCCGUGAAGUCGUUGAAGCAGUCGCCGCCGCCGCCCACAUCCACGUACUCCCACCUCCUACUGGCAGACGACGCGCUGCAGACGGCGGCGACGGCGAAGGAAGCAGAGGUAGCCGAUGUUGACCAGAACCACCGCUGCAACUUCCAGAUGGCAUCCCCAGUCAGGCGAAGCAGAGGGUCCACCGUGAAUAGGAUGAUCAUGUCCUGUUGGAGCGGCGAUCUCUCCAUCAGCUCCUCUUCAAACUCGUUCGUUCCUCUUGGGAGAGUAGUUAAUGGAACGCUCGCCGACGAUUCCUGCGAUGUCUGCCGACAAAUGAGAGAGUCUGCUGUGCUGACGGCUGAGGAGGAUAAGACAGAACCACGGAAGGGGAGCCGAAGCUUCGAAUCGGGCUCGUCAACACCCUCCACAACGUCCACCAGCGGUCUUCUGCACCAAAGCACCCUCUCCCCAAGCGCCACAGUCGCUCCAGUCGACGCCGCGAAUGCCGCCACCACCACCACCACGGCAGUCGUGCCGGAGUGUUUCACUGUGGACGGCAGUCAGUCGGAGAAGUCGCCCCUUUCCACAAAUCUCAAAGCGUCGCUUCGAGAAAGGGGUACUCCCUACGAGAACCCCUGCGGCUUCUGCGGUCCGCCUUUCUACUCAAGACCGCCGCAACGCCUCGCCUUGAGGUGUGCGAAGGCACCACAUCGGGGUGAGAUUGUCGUAGUGGAAGUCACACCUCGACUGGUCAUGCCUGAACGCACAAGCCAACCAAUUCCCGUUCUGCGCCAAGUUGGUACACCAGAACGACCUGAACGAUCAAAUAACGUAAUGCCUGCGACCACUCGGAGUCUCAUCGCCUCCCCUAGCGGAAACUGUGUUCUUCAUCCAAGCAUACGACGUAUUUCUGUGUUAACCCCCUCCCUCCCUAUCUCCCUUCGUUCCCGUUCCGUCUAUCGACACCUUCCAAACCCUAUUCUGCCCUCCUUCUUCUUCUUCUUUCCUUGUUCUCAGCCUGAGCUCUGCCAGUCUCACAUGCGACUGCGUGAUGGCUGA